AUGUCCAGUACAUCUAAUCGGAUACCACGAGUAUUAUCAAUUCAGAGUCACGUCGUUCAUGGAUAUGUUGGUAACAGAUGUGCUACAUUUAUCUUACAAUUAUAUGGUUUCGAAGUUGAUGUGAUCAAUUCCGUUCAUUUUUCUAAUCAUACUGGCUACAGCGUUGUUAAAGGUAGUCGGCUAACUGUUGACGAACUUCGGUCAGUUUUUCAAGGUUUAAUGGCUAACGAACUGUUCGAAUAUGAUUAUAUCCUGACUGGUUACAUGGGCUCGGGCGAAUUACUUCAUGUCGUUGCUGAGUACAUUAGCUUGAUCAAAUCGAAAUCUCCUCGUGUCAUAUAUAUCUGUGAUCCAGUCAUUGGUGAUAAUGGUAAAUUAUAUGUCGAUCAAUCCUGUGUCGAAGUUUACAAGAACGUCAUUUUGCCUCUCGCAGAUAUUGUUACACCAAACGAUUUUGAAUUCGAACAACUUAUCGGUGGAACACUUGAAUGUACUUCGGACACGAAUGACAACAAGGAACAAAAAUUUUGGCGAACAUUACAGUCUUUACAUAGCAUCGGUCCUUCUCAUGUGAUUAUUUCCAGUAUAUCGGCAUCGAAAACAGGUGGCUCAGAAACGAUGCUACAGAUGUAUGGCAGUUCAAAAAAGUCAAAUCAUGAUUACCAAACCUUCCGAAUUGAUUUUCCGUAUCUCAAUGGAUGUUUUACUGGUACAGGAGACUCGUUUUCUGCUUUAGUACUUGCUUGGUUUCAUAGAGAGAAAAAUCUCAUUUCUGCUUGUGAAAGAUCAAUUUCGAUUAUACAUCAAAUUUUAUUGAAAACUAUCGGUAAACUUGCCUUUUUUAUUCCAGAAUACGACUCAUAA